CUCCGACUGCUAGUGAGUCCUCCAGCCCAAAGCUCCCGCCGGGCACGAGCAACGCACGGGAGCUCCCCACUCAUUUCUUUUCCCUCUGCACCGCCAGUCAUCCUUCUUCCCGCGGCGCAACAAAACUUAACCAUUGAGUCGCAGCAGAUCGUUCUCUUUCCUCUUCUUCUCUCCCUCGAUACCCUCUCACACUUUGUUGCGUGCCCGUGAGAGCUAAGAGCGCCUUUGCCGACAGCUGCUCGUGCUAGCAGCGAGGCAUCGUUCCCCCACCUCCAUCAUGGCUACCAGCGGCACGGCCACCCCAGACCUCGAGGAUGGACACCCCCUCCAGCAUACUGUCCACCACCGUCUGCGGGCCAAUUCGACCAUCAUGCACCUCAAGAAGCUGCUGGUCGCAAACCGAGGCGAGAUCCCCAUUCGGAUCUUCCGAACGGCCCACGAACUGUCUCUCCAGACUGUGGCCGUCUACAGUUAUGAAGACCGAUUGGGCAUGCACCGACAAAAGGCGGAUGAAGCGUACAUGAUUGGAAAACGUGGCCAGUACACUCCCGUUGCUGCCUACCUGGCCGGCGACGAGAUCAUCAAGAUUGCUCUGGCCCACGAUGUACAGAUGAUCCAUCCGGGCUACGGUUUCUUGUCUGAGAAUGCCGAGUUUGCUCGCAAGGUCGAGGAAGCCGGCAUUAUCUUUGUCGGCCCGACUUACCAGGUCAUUGAAUCUCUGGGUGACAAGGUGUCGGCCAGAAAGCUCGCUAUGAAGUGCAACGUGCCGGUGGUCCCGGGUACCGAAGGCCCCGUCGGAGCAUACGAGGAUGUCAAGGCUUUCACCGAUAAAUACGGCUUCCCCAUCAUCAUCAAAGCUGCCUUCGGUGGUGGUGGCCGUGGUAUGAGAGUCGUCCGAGACCAGGAGAGUCUGAAAGACUCGUUCGAGCGAGCCACCUCCGAGGCCAAGUCGGCUUUCGGCAACGGCACCGUCUUCGUCGAACGCUUCCUGGACAAGCCGAAGCACAUUGAAGUCCAACUGUUGGGGGACAAUCACGGCAAUGUUGUCCACCUGUACGAGCGUGAUUGCAGUGUCCAGCGGCGACAUCAAAAGGUGGUCGAAAUCGCCCCGGCCAAGGACCUCCCAUCUGAUGUCCGAGACGCGAUCCUCAACGACGCCGUCAAACUGGCAAAAUCGGUUAACUACCGCAAUGCCGGCACGGCCGAGUUCCUGGUGGACCAACAGAACCGCUACUACUUCAUUGAGAUCAAUCCCCGUAUCCAGGUGGAGCACACCAUCACCGAAGAAAUCACCGGCAUCGACAUUGUGGCGGCGCAGAUCCAGAUUGCCGCCGGAGCCACUUUGGAGCAACUGGGUUUGACCCAAGAUCGUAUCUCGACCCGCGGGUUUGCCAUCCAGUGCCGUAUCACCACAGAAGACCCUGCCAACAACUUUUCCCCCGACACUGGCAAGAUCGAAGUGUAUCGAUCCGCUGGUGGUAACGGUGUCCGGCUAGACGGUGGUAACGGAUUUGCGGGUGCUAUCAUUACGCCUCACUACGACUCCAUGUUGGUCAAAUGUACCUGCCACGGCUCCACCUACGAGAUCGUCCGUCGCAAGAUGUUGCGAGCCUUGGUCGAAUUCCGUAUCCGUGGCGUCAAGACCAACAUUCCGUUCUUGGCCUCACUGCUGACCCACCCUGUGUUCGUUGAGGGAACCUGCUGGACCACCUUCAUCGAUGACACGCCUGAGCUAUUCAAGUUGGUUGGCAGUCAGAACCGCGCCCAGAAAUUACUUCAGUAUCUGGGAGACCUGGCCGUCAACGGCAGCAGCAUCAAGGGACAGAUUGGCGAGUCCAAAUUCAAGGGCGAAAUCAUCAUGCCAAAGAUGCUUGACGAUCAAGGCAAGGAAAUUGACGUUAGCGUUCCCUGCACCCAGGGCUGGAAGUCUGUCAUCGACAAAGAAGGUCCCGAAGGCUUUGCCAAAGCCGUGCGAGCGAACAAGGGCUGUCUCAUCAUGGACACAACCUGGCGUGAUGCGCACCAGUCUCUCCUGGCCACUCGUGUUCGAACGAUUGACAUGUGUAACAUUGCCAAAGAAACCAGCUACGCCCUCAGCAACGCCUACGCCUUGGAAUGCUGGGGCGGUGCCACUUUCGAUGUGGCCAUGCGGUUCUUGUACGAGGACCCAUGGGACCGACUACGGAAGUUGAGGAAACUGGUGCCCAACAUUCCUUUCCAGAUGUUGCUCCGAGGUGCCAACGGCGUGGCGUACAAGUCGCUCCCCGACAACGCCAUCUACCAUUUCUGCAAGCAAGCCAAGAAGGCCGGCAUGGACAUCUUCCGAGUUUUCGAUGCUCUCAACGACGUUGACCAACUGGAGGUCGGCAUGAGAGCUGUUCAAGAAGCUGGCGGCGUGGUGGAAGGUACCGUGUGCUACAGCGGUGAUAUGUUGAAUCCAAAGAAGAAAUACAACUUGGAUUACUACAUGGACAUUGUGGACAAAAUCGUCAAGAUUGGAACUCACAUCCUAGGCAUCAAAGAUAUGGCCGGAGUCCUCAAGCCCAAAGCCGCUCGUCUUCUCAUUGGAAGCAUCCGCAAGAAGUAUCCUGACUUGCCAAUUCACGUCCAUACCCAUGACUCGGCGGGUACCGGAGUUGCAUCCAUGGUUGCGUGCGCUGAAGCCGGAGCGGACGCCGUGGACGCAGCUACUGACAGCAUGUCUGGCAUGACAUCGCAGCCGAGCAUUGGCGCCAUUCUGGCUUCCUUGGAGGGCACACCCCUUGAUCCAGGCUUGAAUGGCCACAAUGUUCGAGCACUUGAUCAGUACUGGUCACAACUGAGACUGCUCUACUCGCCCUUUGAAGCCGGACUGACCGGCCCCGAUUGUGAAGUUUACGAACACGAAAUCCCAGGAGGCCAAUUGACCAACCUGAUCUUCCAAGCCACUCAACUUGGCCUGGGAGCUCAGUGGCUCGAGACCAAGAAGGCGUACGAGCAAGCCAAUGAACUCCUGGGCGACAUUGUCAAGGUCACACCCACCUCCAAAGUGGUUGGCGAUCUGGCGCAAUUCAUGGUGUCCAACAAGCUCAGCCCAGAUGACGUGCGUGCCAGGGCCAAAGACCUCGAUUUCCCCGAGUCUGUCUUGGAGUUCUUCGAAGGGUACAUGGGCCAGCCGUACGGUGGUUUCCCAGAACCACUCCGCACAGAUGCCCUCCGAGGCCGCCGCAAGAUGGAGAAACGACCUGGAUUGUAUUUGGAUCCGAUUGACUUCGCCAAGAUCAAGAAGGAGCUGAAGGAGAAGUACAAUACGGUCACAGAAACAGAUGUGGCCAGCUAUGUCAUGUACCCCAAGGUGUUUGAGGAUUACCGCAAAUUCGUCGACAAGUAUGGUGAUCUGUCUGUGCUGCCUACACGAUACUUCUUGAACAGACCCGACAUUGGCGAGGAAUUCCACGUGGAGCUCGAAAAGGGCAAGGUGCUGAUCCUGAAGCUGUUGGCGAUCGGACCCUUGUCGGAGACCACCGGUCAACGUGAAGUCUUCUAUGAGAUGAACGGUGAAGUCCGACAGGUGACGAUCGAUGACACCAAGGCCGCAGUCGAGAACACCAGCCGACCCAAGGCCGAUCCCACCGACAGCAGCCAAGUGGGUGCUCCCAUGGCGGGAGUGGUGGUUGAAGUCCGAGUCAAGGAAGGUCAUGAUAUCAAGAAGGGCGAUCCCAUUGCGGUGUUGAGUGCCAUGAAGAUGGAAAUGGUCAUCAGUGCUCCUCAUUCCGGCAAGGUCGGUCACAUUCAGGUCAGGGAAGGGGAUUCUGUUGCCGGAUCGGAUUUGAUCUGCAGGAUUGAGAAGCCAUAAGGAACGAACAGGUGGUGGUAGGUGUGAGCGUAUAACGGUGGUCGUAUAACGAUGGUCUUGGGGUCGUAUAGACUUGGUGGCAGACUAGAAGUAGCAUGUCCCUGAUGUUCUCUUGGCUCAAUGGCUUCGGAUGACUCUGUGUAAGGAUACUUGGUACCUUGUUUCCUAGACUGCAACAUAUACAGUAUGACUAAGGUCGAGAGACAUUGUGUUGCCUGUUUCUCUACAAACGGUGGUCGUAUUACAGAAGUACAGUUUCCUGUCCUGUCUAGUAGGUAUAUUUUCAGGUUUAUUCUCG